GAAGAAAUCUGCUUCAUCUAAUUCAAACCUAAUUCAGUCCUGCUAAUCUCCUAAUACUGUAGAUUGAAAGAUUUUUUUGGUGUUGUCAGGAUACCCUGUAAUGGGCAAGGAGCCUGAGAGAAUACAAAUCAUUCUGGUUUUUUAAUUUUUAAAAAACUUUUGUGCUUAACAGGACCUGGGCUUCUGUUGAAAAGUGAUGGAAUAAACUCUGGCUGGCACCUGACUUGUUGAGGGAGCACCCCCUAAAAGAGCUUGCCUGGGAGACAGUUUGUGAAAUAAUGCAGUAACAUGUUUGCAGUAACCAGCAUGUUUUGGAAAUUUGAUCUCCAUUCGUCAUCCCACAUAGAUACACUUCUAGAGAGAGAAGAUGUAACACUGAAGGAGUUGAUGGAUGAAGAGGACGUUCUACAAGAGUGCAAGGCUCAGAAUCGCAAACUUAUAGAGUUUCUGCUGAAGUCAGAAUGUUUGGAGGACUUAGUUUCAUUUAUUAUCGAAGAGCCACCUCAAGACAUGGAUGAAAAGAUUCGAUAUAAAUAUCCAAACAUAUCGUGUGAGCUGCUUACAUCAGAUGUCUCACAGAUCAAUGAUAGGCUGGGAGAAGAAGAAUCCUUACUCAUGAAACUGUACAGCUUCCUCUUAAAUGAAUCUCCUCUAAACCCUUUACUGGCCAGUUUCUUCAGCAAGGUGCUAAGUAUUCUAAUAAGCAGAAAACCAGAACAGAUUGUGGAUUUUUUAAAGAGGAAACAUGAUUUUGUAGACCUCAUUAUUAAGCACAUAGGGACCUCUGCUAUCAUGGACUUGUUGCUCAGGCUAUUGACUUGCAUAGAACCUCCACAGCCCCGGCAAGAAGUGUUAAAUUGGCUAAAUGAGGAGAGAAUUAUCCAGCGGCUUGUGGAAAUUGUACAUCCAUCUCAAGAUGAAGAUAGGCAUUCAAAUGCAUCACAGUCACUUUGUGAAAUUAUUCGUCUAAGCAGAGACCAGAUGUUACAAGUACAGAACAGUUCAGAACCAGAUCCACUGCUUGCCAGUCUAGAGAAGCAAGAAAUCAUAGAGCAGCUGCUGUCUAAUAUUUUUCAUAAAGAAAAAAAUGAAUCUGCAAUAGUCAGUGCAAUCCAAAUACUGUUGACCUUACUUGAGACAAGACGACAGACAUUUGAAGGCCAUAUAGAGAUCUGUCCCCCAGGCAUGAGUAAUUCAACAUAUUCAGUCAACAAAAGUGUUUUAGAAGCCAUAAAAGCACGACUUUCAUCCUUCCACGAACUCCUCCUUGAGCCUCCAAAAAAAAGUGUCAUGAAGACAACCUGGGGUGUAUUGGAUCCACCUGUGGGAAACACACGUUUAAAUGUGAUCAGAUUAAUAUCUAGCCUUUUACAGACAAAUAUAAGCAGUGUGAAUCAGGAGCUUAUAGAACUUAACAGCAUAGGAGUAAUACUGGAUAUGUUCUUUAAGUAUACAUGGAAUAACUUUUUGCAUACUCAAGUAGAAAUCUGCAUUGCAUUGAUUCUUGCAAGUCCUCUUGAAAGCACAGAAAAUGGCACAAUUACAGAUCAGGAUUCCACUGGGGGCAAUCUCUUAUUGAAACAUCUCUUCCUUAAGUGCCAAUUAAUAGAACGAAUACUUGAAGCAUGGGAGAUGAACGAGAAGAAACAGGCUGAAGGAGGAAGACGGCAUGGCUAUAUGGGUCAUCUGACAAGGAUAGCAAACUGUAUUGUGCAUAGUACGGAUAAGGGGCCAAACAGUACGCUAGUCCAACAGCUCAUUAAAGAGCUUCCAGAGGAGGUCAGAGAGCGAUGGGAGACAUUCUGCACAAGCUCUUUAGGAGAAACUAAUAAGAGGAAUACAGUGGACCUGGUUACUACCUGCCACAUUCAUUCUUCCAGUGAUGAUGAAAUUGACUUUAAAGAAACUGGCUUCUCACAGGAUUCUUCUUUGCAGCAGGCCUUUUCUGAUUAUCAGAUGCAACAAAUGACGUCCAAUUUUAUUGACCAGUUUGGCUUCAACGAUGAGAAGUUUGCUGAUCAAGAUGACAUCGGCAAUGUUUCUUUUGAUCGGGUCUCAGACAUCAACUUUACCCUGAAUACGAAUGAAAGUGGCAAUAUAGCCUUGUUUGAAGCAUGUUGUAAGGAGCGGAUACAGCAAUUUGAUGAUGGUGGCUCUGAUGAAGAAGACAUUUGGGAAGAAAAACAUAUUGCAUUUACACCAGAGUCUCAGAGGCGUUCCAGUUCGGGCAGUACGGACAGUGAAGAAAGUACAGAUUCUGAAGAAGAGGAUGGAACAAAACAAGACUUGUUUGAAUCGCACACCAACACAGAGGACAAAAUGGAAGUAGACUUAAGUGAACCACCAAACUGGUCAGCUAACUUUGACGUACCCAUGGAGACUGCUCAUGGUGCCAAUCUGGAUUCUGUUGAGUCUGAUGUGUGGAGUACAGAAGAACCUAUUCCAGCAAAAGAAACUGGCUGGGCUUCCUUUUCAGAGUUCACAUCCUCUUUGAGCUCAAAAGAUUCUGUAAGAAGUAAUUCUCCUGUGGAAAUGGAAACAAACACAGAUCCAAUUGAUCCUUUGAGUGCAAAUGCAGCUGCUUGUGCAACACAGCUAGAGACCCCAGGAAGUGUUGCUAUGGAGGCCAGCUCAGAUGGAGAGGAUGAUGUAGAAAAUGCAGACAAGGUAACUGAAACAGUCAUGAAUGGCAGCAUGAAGGAGACACUGAGCCUUACUGUAGAUGCUAAAACUGAAACAGCUGUUUUCAAAAGAGUGUUGAAAUCCUAUCGUGAGGAAGGAAAACUGUCUACCUCACAGGAUGCUUCUUGUAAAUAUGUUGUAGAAGAGAAUGCAGAGGUUGCACAAGAGGCUCCUUCAGCUCUGCAGCCUGCUAACAGCAGUCCAGAACAGAG